CCAAGAUAACGUUAACUAACAUCAAGUUAAACAAAUGGAAUAAAUUGUGAUUUUUCGUAUUUACUAUUUCUCUAGACCUCUGCACUGUAUGUGAGCAACAAGGUCUACAGAAAAGUAAAUGACUGUACACACAAGGGAAUGUUUCAGUUUCAAAAGUAAAAAGUCCUUAGUACACACAUAUUUAUUUGUAGAGAUAAAGAAAAAAUCAUGUAGAUGACUGCAUUAGUAUUCAAUGGAUUUAGAAUAUAAAUAUUGACGUGAGAAUGUAUUUAUGAAGGAACCUGGCUAAAAAAUGCCUAAAACAGAUCCUUAGUAAACAACGCAUACACUAAAAAUGUCUGAAACUCAUCAAAGUCAGUCCCCUCCAUCUCAUUACAUCCACCCACACCAUUCUCACCAUCACCAUAUACGGCGCCAUAGAACACCAUCAGGAGGGGAGGAGCAGGAGGAAGAAGAGCUUGAUCCAAGAAUCCAGAUUGAGUUAGAGAAAUUAAACAGGGCUAGUGAGGAAAUCAACAGACUAGAGUUAGAACUUGAUGAUGCUAGGGCAGCAUUCCGUACUGUGUUAUCUGACUCGACGCAAAGAUUGAAUGGCCUGGCCAAAAAACUUGGGGCGUGUGUGGAUAAGGCAAGGCCGUAUUAUGAUGCAAGAAUGAGACUGAAGGAGGCACACCUUGACAGCCAGAAGGCAGCACUGAGGUUUGAGAGAGCGUGUAGCAUGCAUGAAGCAGCCAAAGAGAUGGUCCAGCUGGCAGAGGAGGGGUACAAGCGGCGGGAGCAAGACCUUGACCCCACCUGGCAGGAGAUGCUAAACCAUGCCACAAUGAAGGUAAAUGAUGCUGAGCGAGAGAGAAUUGAAAGUGAGCAAUUCCACCAACAAACUACUGUCAACUUCAAGCGCAGGGAGGAAGAGGUUCAGAAACUGCAGAAAGAUCUCAAGCGGAACAUAACCAAAUCCAAACCUUAUUUUGAAAUGAAAGCAAAAUUUAACCAAGUAAUGGAGGAACACAAGAGAGCUGUGAGUCGACUAGAGGAAGACGUGGCCUCCACCAAAGCCUUGUACUCCCAAGCCCUGCGCAGUCUAGAGGCCAUCAGUGAUGACAUCCACAGGCAGAGGCUGGAGCGCAGGCGCAAGCUGGAGCUGGGGGUCAGGGGAGCAGGGGUGGGGGCUGAGUCUCCCUCCCCACCACCAUCUUGGGAAAAAGGCUCCAACAUUGAGGGUAGCGCUUCUUCAUCAGUUUUUGACAGAGACACAGAUGACCUCCACAAGGAUCCCAGACAUUCAGACAUUUUAAAUAAUAGGCCAACAGGGAUAGUAUGCCACGAACCAGCUUUCCGAAAAAAAACUUCCAUCACUGAAGCCCUGCUAAAAGACGGCAGCCUCAAACCUGAUCCGCUAGACGUUGUGGUGUUUAAAACAACCUCUGGAACCAAAGAGCUGAGUCCUUCUGCCCAGCACACCACCAAACCAGCCGAGGAACCUCUGUCUGUCAGCUCAUCCGGCGCCGCCAGAAGUCGUAGUGCUAGCUAUAGAGCGGCCAUUGAAAUGUCAAGUCACUCGCCGCAAGACAACUCCAGCUGGGUUAGAACCAAUAGCAUUGUGGAAGGCACCGAGGAGGAAGCGACUCUAACACCUACCUCAGAUAUAUUGAUACUACCUGGUGAGGACAGGAACCAGGACGUCAGCAGACAGAUGUCCCCGCUGUCCUGUUCCGUGGGUUCCCGCGACCUUGAACACUCGAGCGUGCGUCGCGCCCAGGAGUGGGUCAACAAGUCGCCCAUACCCCAGCAGCGAAGGUUUGUCAAGUCCAAGAGUCUCAUUGAUGCGUCAUCUUCAUCUUUGUCCAUCUCCCAGUCCCCCAAAUCCGAACUGUCCUCGUCGCUGACCAGCGACAUCAUGAAACAACACCCCUGGCCUCAGUCCUUGCAACCUUCACAGCAUGAACCCCCGCGGGUCUCCAUCAGCACCUCGUACAACCCAACCCUCAACUCAAGUCAUUUUGAACCGAUUUAUCGAACCCAAGUUUUCUCAUCACAGCAAAACACUGACGCAGACCAAAAUCCACAGACUGUUUCACCAUCCCUGCACAGAAAAUCUCCUAAACUACAGGGUCUUAUCUUAGGUGUCGACUCCAUCGGCCUUAACUCCACCUCUGUACAGCAGAACAUCCCUUCUAUUGCUAAGCCGAUUAUCUCAACCCAACAGCUAGCAUUUCCAGCGGAGAAAACAACACCUCUCCAGUCUACCGUACAGAUCCCCACCUCUCUCCCCACAGCUAAACCCCCCACAUCUCUGAUCACCCAGCACCUCAGCAAGAUGAUGAACUCUGCUAAAGUGGGGAACUACAACUCUAAAACCGCACCGUCCACACUCAGCGCGUCAUACACUCUACCGACGACCAGCCACCCCCCGACUCCCUCCCCCACCUGGAACCCACCCUCCCCGAAUCCAGUUUCCACGACAACAGCAAUCCGGCACCAGCUGGCUUCACCAACGCCAUCCUCGCCAUCCGCGGAUAGAGUCUCCCUGUCUGGGAGAAGUGACUCCCUGUCAGCAUCCAGCAAUAGAGGAGCAUUUCUGAAGCCCCCGCCAUCCGAUGGCUCGGACACUGAGAGCAUUGCCAGCACAGGCCCUAUGCUGGACGACGACCAGGUGGAGUUAAUCAACAUGGACUUCUCAGAACAGAGCAUCAUGAAUGAAGCAGGUGACGAGACUCAGUGCUUUGGGGAGGACCGUGCAUCCAUCACCAGAGGCCACUGGUCCCGCAUGAGUCUUCCCCCCAGACUCAGCUAUCUGGAAGGUUUCCUGGAGCGCACCCGGCUCUACAACGAGCACGUUGGCGGUGAGGUGAGGUCUGAGUCCCAGCAGUACGAGGAUGGGGACAAUCUCCAGUCCAGCUCCAGUAGCUCGUGUGAGGAUAAAUCCAGGGAGGAGGACGCCAUGAGCCGCAGCGGUCAGUCCUCAAACCCUGACCACAACUCUAAAGAUAGCUCUUUAACUCAGGCCAGUGAGACGACUGCUGUCAAUCAAGCUAAGGUCAAGGCUGUACCUCCACAAGCUGAGGUCAAGGCUGUACCUCCACAAGUUGAGGUCAAGGAUGUACCUCCACAAGCUGAGGUCAAGGCUGUACCUCCACAAGCUGAGGUCAAGGCUGUACCUCCACAAGCUAGCAUCAUUGUUGAGGGCGUGUCAACAGGAAGUAAUGACAACAACUCUUCUGCUAAUACAACAGUGGACUUGACUGUAGUCCUACAUGCUGAUAAUGUCCAAGGUAGUUCAUCUCCGUCAACCCCAGGUAACGAACACAAGCUUAGUUCUCCUGAUAAUAAUCAAGUUAACGAUAACCAUGUCUUCAUUCUGAAAAUUGACAAUGAAGAAAUGUUCAUAAAGAAUGAAGAUGAUGUGACGAAAGAUAACUUUUUAAAUGACAACUUAACUACUGGGCCAGAUGACAUGUCGCUGGUGACAGAGGUUGACAAUACAGAUGACAGAUCAUCAGUGACGGACAUUGACAAUGUCACCGACAAUGACUGGGACAAAAAUGAAUAUUUUGUUUAGGUGGUCACCCAUCAGUGAUGAUGAUGUAAAUAGAAUUGAGUGUGUAUAUAUAUGUAGAUAGAUCUGGUUUAAAAAAUUAUAACUUCAUGUUAUAGCUUCAUAUAUUAGUAUACAUAGAAAUGUGUUAAAAUGAUUAUGGUCCUUUGGCAACAUUUUAUUUAACUUUACUUGGGUAACCAUGGACUGAUGUUACUUGUGCAAUAUACUUAAUACAAAAGCUGUUUAUAUAGGCAACUAACUACUGUUUUUAACUGAAAAUAAAUUUGUGAUUGAAAAGAUUUAUUUAGAAGUAUCUAGUCCCAAGCAAUUAAGAAAAAAAAUUGUAAUUGCAAGUUCAAUGUUUUGAUUUAAACAAAGCUGAGUUUUUUGCUGAUUAUAUUCCAAUCCAGGUUUUCCAUCAUAUAUCACUAAGUUGGGGGAAAAGUAUGUAUAAUUACUAGUAACUAUAGAAGGUAGAAAAAUUUCUCACAGUCGCUUUCUCAUUCUUUCUGCUGUUGUUUUGGUAUCCUUCCAAAGUGUUUAGUGUACGAGGUAGUUUACAGGCUCUGUCAGCAUUGGUGCUUUACACUUCUCAAUGUAGGGGAGAACAACCUCAUUUCUGUUCAUGUAAAGAUCUGGGUGUCUGGUGGGGAGAGUAAGUUCAUCCUAUGUUCAGGUAUAAGCAUGAAUAUCAGGUAGAAUAAUCUUUUGUCCAGGUAGAAACAUGACUAUCAGGUAGAAUAAUCUUUUGUCCAGGUAGAAACAUGAAUAUCAGGUAGAAUCAUCCUCUUUUAGUGUUGGUAAAAACUUAAAUAUCAGGUAGAUCGUCCUCUAUUUUUUAGGCAAAGAUUUUAAUGUCAGAUAGAACCACUUCAUCUUACUUUACAAAAAGUCAGACCUUGAAAUGUUUUGUCACUUAUGUUUUAGAUAAGCAUUAAAGGUAUCAGUGUAAAUGAUGUAGGUUUUAUUGUGAAAAUAUUUCACCCUGACUAGUGUCUAUGACCUAUUGGAGUGUCUGUGACCUAUUGGAGUGUCUCAGACCUAUUGUUUCAAUUUUUUUUUUAUAAGUCCGCAAAUUGAUAAAAUAUUAAUUCUUUAUCAACAACAGAAUAACUCUAUUUGUUUCUUCAUUUAAAGUUAUGCAAACCUUAGAUACUUCAUGUUGUGUAUGCAGAACCUUGUAACAUUGUUAAAAAGAUUUUUGUAGUGAUUGUUGAGUUUAAAACCACCAUUAUAUUUUAAGCCUGUCUCAGUUUACCCCGAAUUCUCUGAUAUUUUUUUAUUAUUUGUUUUAAACGACUCUCAUUAUAGAGUAUUUUUUGUUCCUUGUGAAUAACAAUUGAACAUGUUCAACCUUAUCUAGAGAUUAGAACAUGUUUUCCCAGUGUUCACUUCUGCAGGAAAACAAUUUAUUUUUACCUCUUUUUUGAAUCCGAAAGAUCACAAAUGUUUUUUACAUUAACUAAAUAAUAAGAUCUGAAAAUCGAACAUGAUUAUAUUACACUUGUGUGUGGGACUGUGAUGUGUAUAGUUUGUACAGAAAUGUUGUUCUGUAGUUAAGCCAAAAGAAAAAACAUUUUUUCCAAACAGUGCAUUUUUCUGCCAUUUAUUAAUUCAUUUAUUCCACUUAAGAAAUUUCAGGUAGAAUGGAUAUACUGUACUUAAUAAUAUAGGCCCUAUAUAUCUAUAUAUGUGCAUAUAUUUAUGUAUAUAUGUGUUAUAGGCCUUCAUAAGUAUAUAUAAAUGUGAGUAUAUGCUGAAUAUAUCUGAGUGUAUACAUAUGUAUGUAUAUAUAUGUGCAUAUACAUACAUGUAUAUAUGCAUGCAUAUGUGUGUAUACAUAGAUUCAUACAUGCCAAGCUUUGAUGCUUGUUUAAUUUUAUGAUAGAAUAAAACUAUUUCCAACACAAAUGCUUGCUUUGGUCACAGCCUAGGUAAGUAAUUGUAUUACCUGUAGUCAAUAAUGAAUCAAUAGAGUACUCAAAUCAAAUUAUCUAAGUUGUAUGAGUUAUCAGCUGUUUAAUAGUACACUUGCUAACAAUGUGAGUUAACCUGUACUUAACCUAAGAGCUGACAUUUAUAAAUUAUAGAUCAUAUUGUUUACAUAAAUACAUCACCAAAUGUAAUGAAUUUAAAAGGUAAUUCUGUGUAUUCAUUAAUUUAAAAAAAGGUAAAUACUGACCCUUCUGAUUUUGACAUUACUGUCUAUUUUUAAACUUCAGUACUGUUUUUUUAAAGUACUGGAUUGUCCCUAACAAUGUAAUUUAAUUGAAACAAACUACUGAUAUUUCCUCCUGUGUAACACCUGAAAGAGCUGACACCUGUUGUGUCAGUAAAUUCCAGCCUUCAAUCUUUCAAUGCUUUUGAUCCUUUUGAUUGUAUGCACUAUCUGAUAUUACCCGGGUAAAACAUUGAAUCUUUCCGACUAGUCUACACAACGAUGUACCCAUUAUUUUUUUUUCACGAGAAUCUUAUUGUAUGUAUAAAUGGAAGCAAUCAUGUUCUGUAUAUCAGUUAUAGAGAGUAUUAUUUUAUAAUUUAAGAAGAACUACUUAAACCUUGUGAUAUAUAUUUUUUUCUUUUUUGGUUUUAAUCUUUUUUUUUAAAGAAACAUCUGAAUUUUGUUUUUGAAUUCAGAUUUUUAUUUAAACUUUUUUUCUUCUGAUAUUGGCAUUUGUACUGAUUUGAAAAGUAGUUGAUAUUGCCUUGGUUUAUUUAAUGAUAAGGAAAUGUGAAGGCUUUUAAAAAAAUACACAUUUCAUAAGUUUUAAUGAAAAGAAACAUUUUUUAAAGUAAUUAUUAGAAGCUUUUUAACUAUAACAUAAGAACCAAAAAUGUUUUGUAUGCUAAGGGACUUGGCUAGUUUUAAAUUUUAUAACUUAAAUGUCAUUUAAUUCUAAGAAAUUACUGUUUUUAAUAUGUUGUAUAUUUUAAUUUUUAAUGAGCAGAUGCGAAUUUGAGAUAGAUUUAUGAUCAAUAAUUUCUGUUUGGUGGGUGCACAAUGAAGACUAGUUUAUAAUUAUAUCCCUAGAGAUUUCAAGCCAACAUUUAAAAUUGGUGUAUUGCAAACCCAACAGUUCCUUUUUCCAUUAUAAUUCUUUUAUUUUCAUUUAUUUUGAAAGAUUGAGUUGAUGAGAUUAAAUUUAUUUCAAGUAAGAUAUAUGUUAAAUUUUGUUGAGAAAUCUGAUAGCAUAAAAGUCAUUUUACUGUGUAUUUUAUCUUAUCUUGUUAUUUUAACUUGAAGACUUAAAAGAAGGAAUCAAACUUUUUAGCUGAUUUAAAAGCAAAAUCAAACUUUGUUAUUUUUUAUGCUCAGUAUUCUUUUUUUGUGUUACAAAAAUCAAAACCACAACUCCACAUUCUAUUGAAAGUAGAAUUCUAUUUUUUUUAUUAUUAGAAUUUUUUUUUUUUUACAUUUUGACUAUCUUGUAAUAAUUUUGUGUAAAAUAUAACCAGAAUUGUACCACCAAAUCAAACUGGUAAUAACAUGUACUUGCAAUAAUGUAUGUAAGCUAAACAUGAAGAAAACUAACACAGGAUUUCUGAUGAAAUGUGCUUGCGGAGAUGAUCUGUUAUUUUUUCAGGAAUAUUCUUUUAUUUUUUUGAGCUGAAUUACUCUUAGAUGUGUUUAAAUGAAGGUUUUCACAUUUUUCUCUACCAUUUACAGUGUAUUAUUUUUGCUCCCAUCUAACUAGUUUGCUGUGUUAUGUUUUCGCAGGUGUUGCCACAACACUUGGUAUUCUUAACAAUUAUAUUAAAUCUACUGCAUGAGCACUGCUUCAAUAUUCAAAAUAUAUUUUGUAGACAUUGUCCUUUUUUUCUUUACCAAGCUUGUCACUUCUCUUAUGUAUUUAUAUCAAGUUCUUAUAUAAUUAAGUUAAAACCUUAAGGAUCUUAUGACCAAGUGGAUCCAUGCAGAUAAUACCAUAUUUUCUGGCAUAUAAGACAGGUGGGGGGGGGGGGGGGGACAGGGCAUGAAGACCCCACCCUAUCCAACUUUUCCAAAAUAAACUAGCUUGCAAUAUAAUUACCCUAUAACACAUAAUGUAUAAGACAAUCCCUGACUUUUAAGAUUUUCUUGAAUUUUUUAUAGUCCUUUAUAUGCCAGAAAAAUAGGAUAGAUUAUUUAUGAAUGAGACUGCUAAUAAUUAACGUUAACCUAAAUAGAAUUAUAUCCAAGUGAAUAGUUGAGAGUAUAAACCUUAUAGAAAGGUCUAUUUCAUUUCAUAUUUGAGUACCUGGAACCAGCAUGCUAGAGAACUAGACUGCACACCUUCCUUGUUAAUAUAUUCUUCUAUAAAGUGUUUAGAAGUCCCAUAGUCACGUAUUAGGUCGUGUUUUCUUUUGCCGUAUUGAAUUAAUUUUUUGCAAGAUUUCUGUUGUAUUUUUUUCUCCCUUCUUAUUCCUUAUCUGUUAGAACUUGUGUGUAUUUUAUUCCAUUUCAACUCAAUUAUGAAGGAAAAAUUACUUUUGUGAGAUUACGUAGUUAGUGUUGUUAAGCCAAGCCUGACAGCCGUAUACGUUGGUUUGUCAAGGUCUUGUAUGACACAAAACAUGACUUUGUUGACUUGUCAAUGUUAUGUAUGACUUAAAACAUGACUUUGAUCUGGCUGUAACAUUGAAUGGUAGGAUGGGAAGGUUAGAAGUCUGCCAGAUAAAACUAGUCAGAUAGUUGUAGUGACAUGUACGCUCGGACAAGUUCUGAACUAUUAAAAGAUAUUACCAAAA